UGCAAAACAAGACAACUGUCUACUUGGUCUGUAUGACAGCACUUUUAAUUUGGACAAUUUGUAUGUCUAUAUCCAGAAUUCUGGAGCGCAUAAAUUCCAGGGGUAAUUCCGCUGUAAAACAGUAUUACUAGGCACUCCAUUGCAGUCGUUAUCCGUAGGGUUAGCAUCCGCAGGAACGCUUUCGUCCAUGCGGUUAUCAGAAUCGCCGUUAGGCAAAGGAACUUCGUCCGUCUGGCUCAUAGCAAGCACCUUCAUCCACCAAGGAUCAGGACCGAAUGACCUGUACAAAUUCGCGUUUGCUGUACAUAAUUGUACAAACUCCGAAAAUGGCAGACAAUCCUUAGGUGUAAAGCUAAACACGACAAUUUUGACGUCGCACAUGAUGUAUAUUUUUGAAGAAUAAAAUUUCCCUGCCGAGUUGAAAUUUAGUCGCUUCCCUGUCUGUCCAUGAAAUAUGACUUCACUCUCGAAUGAGAAGUAAUUUUAGAGAUUUUAUUUAUAUGUUUAAGUUUUUUUUAUGUGGCAGUGUUCUGUAUAUUAUGAAUUAGUUUUGAGGUGUAGCUUUGGUUUGGUUUCAGAUGUAAAGAUUAAUAAAUCUGAAUUUAAGUGAAAGAUUCGAAUCUUCGUUUAGAGUUUGAUGCAUGCCUCAAUUCCGGGCAGGAAAAUGUUUGUGAUUGGACUGUACUGUAUUAUUUCCUCUAUUUUUUAUUUAUUUAUUUAUUUUUUGGAACAUGAGCAUUCAAACAGGAGAGAAAUCUCCUAUAUAUGAAGCAUGCAAGAAGUCAUAGAAAGUCAUUUAAAGAGGCAUAUGAUUCAGACAGGAGAGAAACAUCAUAUGUCUGAAGUAAGCAAGAAAUUAUUUACUCAAAAAAGUGCUUUAAACAUGUAUAUGUGUGUUCACAUAGGAGACAAACCUCAUAUGUGUGAUGUAUGUAAGAAAUCAUUUAAUCAAAAAAGUUCUUUAAACGUGCAUAUGCGCAUUCACACAGGAGAGAAACCUCAUGUGUGUGAAGUAUGUAAGAAAUCGUUUAGUCACAAAAGUGCUUUAAAUGUGCAUAUGCGCAUUCACACAGGAGAGAAACCACAUAUGUGUGAAGUUUGUAAGAAGACGUUUAGUAAAAAGUGUAGUUUAAACAACCAUAUGCUUAUUCAGACAGGAGAGAAAUUUUAUAUGUGUGAAAUAUGUAAGAAAUCAUUUAGUGAAAUGAGUCAUUUAAAUGCACAUUUUCUUAUUCACACAGGAGAGAAGUUUUAUAUGUGCGAAAUAUGUAAGAAAUCAUUUAAUGUAAAAAGUAAUUUAAAUGCUCAUUUGCUUAUUCACACAGGAGAGAAACCACAUAUGUGUGAAGUUUGUAAGAAGACAUUUAGUAAAAAGGGUAGUUUAAACAACCAUAUGCUUAUUCACACAGGAGAGAAGCCUCAUAUGUGUGAAGUAUGUAAGAAAUCAUUUAAUAUAAAAAGUAAUUUAAAUGCGCAUAUGCGCGUUCACACAAGAAAGGAACCACAUCUCUGUGAAGUAUGUAAGAAAUCAUUUAAUCACAAAAGUGCUUUAAAUGUGCAUAUGUGCAUUCACACAGGAGAGAAACCUCAUAUGUGUGAAUUAUGUAAGAAAUCUUUUAAUCUAAAAAGUAAUUUAAAUGCGCAUUUGCUGAUUCACACAGGAGAGAAGCCUCAUAUGUGUGAAUUAUGUAAGAAAACUUUUAAUCGAAAAAGUAAAUUAAAUGCACAUUUGCUUACUCACACAGGAAAGAAACCUCAUAUCUGUGAAUUAUGUAAGAAAUCUUUUAAUAUAAAAAGUAAUUUAAAUGCACAUAUGCUUAUUCACACAGGAGAGAAAGCACAUCUCUGUGAAGUAUGUAAGAAAUCAUUUAAUCACAAAAGUGCUUUAAAUAUGCACAUGCGCAUUCACACAGGAGAGAAACCACAUCUCUGUGAAGUAUGUAAGAAAUCAUUUAAUCGCAAAAAUGCUUUAAAUGUGCAUAUGCGCGUUCACACAGGAGAGAAACCACAUCUCUGUGAAGUAUGUAAGAAAUCAUUUAGUCACAAAAGUGCUUUAAAUGUGCAUAUGCGCAUUCACACAGGAGAGAAACCACAUACGUGUGAAGUUUGUAAGAAAACGUUUAGUGAAAAAAGUAGUUUGAACGGACAUAUGCUUAUUCACACAGGAGAGAAACCUCAUGUUUGUGAAGUUUGUAAAAAAUCAUUUAAUCUAAAAAGGAAUUUAAAUGCGCAUAUGCGUAUUCACUCUGGAUAGAAACCAUAUACGUGUAAAGUUUGUAAGAAGAUGUUUAGUGAAAAGGGUAGUUUAAACAACCAUAUGCUUAUUUACACAGAUAAAAUUCAUAUAUGUGAGGGUAUGUAAGAACUCAUUUAACAUAAAAAGUUAUUUAUGUGUGUAUAUGUGCAUUCACAGAAGAGAGAAACCUCAUAUGUGUGAAGUUUGUAAGAAAUCAUUUAGUCUAAAAAGUAAUUUAAAUCUGCAUAUGCUUAUUCACACAGGAGAGAAACCACAUAUGUGUGAAGUAUGUAAAAAAUGAAGUAAUCAAAAAAAAGAAGGAUUUAAACGUGCAUAUGUGCAUUUACACAAGAAAGAAACUUUAUGUUUCUUAGGUAUGUAAGAAAAUGCUUACUGAAAUGGGUAAUUUAAGAAACAUAUGCUUUUUUUCACAUUGGAGAGAAAAUCUGUGUGUGAGAAACAUUCUUUCAUUUUCAUAAAGAUUUAAAUAUGGCUAUCAACAUAGGAAGCAAAUACAGUCAGAAGUCGUUAAUCCGGACUCGUCGGGACUUCGGCGAUUCCGGAUUAUCGAUUUUUUCGGAUUUUGAUCAUCAGUU